AUGCAACAAGGAACGUUGGACGCUUUUCAGAAAGAGGGCGAAAAGUUGAGUGAAGCUGAAGUUGAUGAAAUGAUCCGUGAAGCAGAUGUCGAUGGUGAUGGCCAGAUCAACUACGAAGAUUCUACGAGCUUCUUCAUUCGUAGUUCUGACGCAGGUAGAGACUCUCUAUACACCAACCAACAAAUCAUGGACGCAGAACACCUUGUAAGUUGGCAUAAGGCUAUGGAUGAAUCUGUAGGCGCUGACAUAUCUGCUCAUCUGUCUGUCUGCGCGUUGUGGAUCAAAUCUCUGGUUGGUAGCACCUCUUGCCCAUCUAUUGCCUCGACACCGAUUGACGCUAGCCAUCACUCAGAAUUCAAGGAGGCCUUUUCCCUCUUUGAUAAGGGUGAUUCAUACCUUCGAUACGUUUGUACUCUUCAACCCGCUGACCAAGUUUGUCAGGAACUUGGAACUGUUAUGCGCUCAUUAGGGCAAAACCCAACGGAUGCCGAGCUCCAGGACAUGAUCAACGAAGUUGAUGUAGAUGGAAACGGCACAAUCGAUUUCAAGGAAUUCUUGACAAUGAUGGCAAAGAAGCUCAAAGAUACUGACCGAGAAGAGGAGAUCCGUCAAGCGUUCCGUGUCUUUGACCAAAACGGUGAUGGUUACGUUACGACCCAAGAGUUGGCUGCAGUCAUGAAAAACCUCGGAGAGAAUCUAAGUCCCCUCGAAUUGGAUCAGAUGAUGCAGGAGGCGGAUAAGAACGGAGAUGGAAAGAUUGAUUACAGUGAAUUCAUCGCGGUAGAACCUAGAGAUUUUGGGCACCGUAUCCUCCGCAUUACUGCUCUCUAUCAGUUAAAUCCUUUCUGUAUAUGCAAUGAUAUCUUGGUGUCCCAAUCAUUUUCUGAUGCGAAGUGA